CACACUUAUUUAUAUACAUGGACCGGAAGCGUAGACGUGAAGAGUUGUAUCCUCGGUGGCAUUUUGUUUCGAAAGUUAAUAAUAGAGAUGUCUGAUCACCAGAGAGUUAGAGUUCAUCCUGCUGGAGAUGUGAAGGCACAACCAACAGCACUGCCGCCUGUGCCUCCGGUGGUGCCACUGCACGGACACGGUUCAUCAUCAUCGAGUACAGAGAAAGAGAAGGAGAAAGCGACAGAGAAAAUAAAGCUGCUUCAGACGAAUAAUCUCUCUGCUCCCUUACAAUUACCAGUAGUAGGACGUACCAUUAAUCCGGUAAUCCAAGCAAACCCACCAAAAAAGAGAAGCUCAUGUACAUGCUGCAGAUGCAUGUGGUGGACAAUGGGCAUCCUUCUCCUUGUAUUGAUCAUAAUAGGAGCCACCGCUGGCAUACUUUAUCUUAUCUUCCACCCUAAACUUCCUAAUUACUCGGUUGAUAGCUUGAAGAUCAGCGACUUAACGCUCAAUUUGGACAUGACCUUAUAUGCUAAAUUUGACGUCAAAAUAACAGCCAACAACCCAAACAAGAAGAUCGGGAUUUACUAUGAGAAAGGUGGCCGGUUGAGCGUGUGGUAUACAAACACGAGGCUUUGUCAAGGGAUGCUACCGAAGUUUUACCAAGGUCAUCAGAACAAAACACUACUCAAUGUGGACUUGACAGGCCAAACGCAAUACGGAAGCACUUUGAUGAAUGCACUGCAACAGCAACAACAAACCGGACGCAUCCCCUUGGUUCUUAAGGUUAACGCACCAGUGGCAAUUAAACUUGGAAAAUUGAAGCUCAGGAAGGUGACCAUCUUGGGGGAAUGCUUGCUGGUGGUGGAUAGUUUAAGUGCUAACAAUUUGAUUAGCAUUAAAGCUAAUAAUUGUAGAUUUAGAAUGAAACUUUGAAUUAAUCUGGCAAUAAAUCUACAAUUUCGGGGA